GGCCACCGACCUGUAGCAGUUGGUCUCCACGUCAUCACAAGGGCCAGCGCCGGAAGCCGUACGUAUUUGAGACGUUCCCUCCUUCGCUCUUUUUGCUUUAGACGCUACAGUUUGCCAGCUUCCUCCAAUUAUCUUUUUUCAUUGAAAUUCUGCCACAAAAUGUAUCGAGGAUCGUCUCCCGCAUCCGAUGAGCCGGAAUUUCAGCCGUUGAGGAGGCUUAAACCGUUACCCAAACGUAGACGUACCUCAGACGCGCCCAUUCCAGCAGCAGACGUCACCCAUCCCAUGGCCGACAUUCUCGGCGCAGAAUCUCUCGCAGAAAAACUCCUUGCUCAUGCUGACUCCUUCUCUCUGCAGUCUCACUACGCCUCUGUGUUCGGUGGUACCCAUAAUGGAGAUACCCUUGAUCUGAGCGCGGCGUAUCAGCUCGGGAAGAUGGGAAGGUCGGAGGAGGACCAGAGUGAGGGUGACUAUACGGAUCAUCUGCAGCAGCCUGGGAAUACGAAGAAGAGGAAGGUGCCAGCUAACAUGUCAGGCGCGGCGCAAGGGCGGGAGGCAGAGCCACAGUUGGGUGCAGAGGAUGAGAUUUUGGACAACUUGGCUCUAUUGAAUGCCGUCCUGGGAGCCCUUUCCCUUGGCGAUACACUUGCCCUUGAUCAAGCAUUAUCGACACAUUUGCCCUUUGCGGGUUCGAUGAUCAGAUCUGGUUCUAAUCCGCCUAAAGUACGGCUCUCGCGUCGACCUGGUCCGCGUCUUGCUCGCGCGGCAAAAGCUCAUACAAGUACAGCCUCAUUGCCCCCUCAGAAGAAGUCUUCAUUUCCAAGCGCUCAAUUCGCGUUCACGUUUUCCAGUGCAACAUCUGAUCGCCUCGUUGCGACAAAACAGGAGGUGCUCGCACUUAGAAAUCGGUUCGAAAAUGAACUCGCACGUCAAGCGGCUAAAGUAGCCAAAGCAGCUACUGAUGCUAAACAAGCAGCACUUACGGCAAGCAAAGGAGCUAAGUCAAAGCGGGGAGAGAAAACGCAGCAGCGGGCACCUAAAGGCACAGCUGAAAGUGGAGAUCAGUCAGCGGAGUUUCUGGAAAUGCCAGGGGGAAAAGGCAAGGGAAGCAAAAAGAAAAAGCGAAAUGCACUUGCUAUUGCAUCAAAUCCGCAUCACCGCAAAAAUUACGUUCCUUCCAGGCUUCCUUCAUCUGGGCAGGCUAAUAUGGUCCAGGCGAAUGUCAAUGCUCAGAACAUGCUUGGGCCACUUCCACUUCGCUUCCUCUCGGCACAAAUACCGCCUCGCAGACGCAAGAAGGCAAACACGGUUACUCCCACUGCGCAAAUAGUCAAUCCUGCAGAUGAAUGGAUCUGCCCACGUUGCGAAUACUCCCUUUUCUAUGGAGAGGGGCUAGAGCACCGUCAAGCGGUGAAGAACCGAAAACAGAUCCUUCGUAGAAGAAGACGUGCGCAGGAGCGUGCUGCAGGCGGACUGAACGCCUCCAAGACACCUGCAAAUUUGGCAUCAUCUGAUGAAGAAGACGAUUACGACAACGAUUAUGAGCCAUCUCCUGCGCAAUCCCCCGUCAUCGUAAAGGAGUCUAAUUGGAAAGAAGGCCCGGAUAUUGGCAGGUCUAGAGGGCAGGAUUUCAUACAAACUGGAUAGCGUAUUUACUGAUCCACUUCCGCUCUUUCCGUCUCAUUUUGCAUACGCUAUCGCUAGUCGUGGAAGGCAUCGCAUUACUUACUGACAUGUUAUCACAAGCCGCAUCUUUAUCUAAUGGACGGACAUUUGGAAAUUAUUGGUAGUCGCGUUGGCAAAUAUGAGGCAAUUUCAAUGGAUUACCUAGAGAGAAC